AUGCGGACGCGGUUCGGGACCGCGUGGUGCGGAAUUCGGAUGUCGCCCGGCGAAAAUCUACAAUUGGCGCCUAACGUGGGGCUUCUUUUUCAAACAUUACAGGUUUUAGGUGCAGCAGGAGCCAAGGAUAUUUCAGGUUAUAGGUGCCAGGGUGAUCCAAAGUUGCAGGAGUUCGGACUGAAUGAGCUGCGAUUAGCGUCCAGUAGAUCAGCGUCAAUCAUUAGAAAAACCGAACACGAUCGACGGCGAAAUAAAAUUUUAGGUAACAGCAACAGGUGCAGAGCGACCGAGCGAGAGAGAGACACAGUUGAAUACGAGUCGACGUGUGACAGUCGGGAACCGCUUCAUUCAACUGGUGUGAAGUCUCAGCUAGUAUCUAAGCUAGAAGAUCGUUUUGGAACAAGAGGUCAUGAAGAGUCAUACAGGUACGAAUUACAGAUUCUUCGUCAAAAACCUGGUGAGUCGUUACGAGAGUUGUCGAUGGUUACUAAAAGACUCAUGUCAUUAGCCUAUCCAGGAGAGCAGUCAAGAUUAGCUACACAUCUAGCUAGGGACUUUUUCUUGUCAGCCCUCGAUAAUGCUGAAUUAGAGUUAAAGGUUAGGGAAAAAGAACCAAAGAACAUUGACGAUGCUCUUAGGUUUGCACAGCGUCUUGAAGUUUCAAAGAUGGUGGUAGAUUCAUUUCACAGGUUUAACCCGCAGGUUAAAGAUUUACAAGCAGGAGCAGAAAACAUGGAGUCGAUGUUACGACAGAUUGCGUUCCUUCGAAAGUCAUUCGAAGAACUCAGAAAUAACAGAGCGCAGCCAACGGUAUCCCGAUUGAGCGAGAGAAAAUUUGUUUCAAUUGUAAGAAGACAGAAAGGAAUGACAAGCAGCACAGUGGAUCACGUGAACAAGUCAAUUGAAAGCAACGAUCGUGUCAUGUAUCUGCCAAUCACAGUUAAUGGCAAAAGAAGAUUAGGUUUACUUGAUAGUGGCAGUAGUGUAUCCAUUGUUCCAACGUCUAUGGUUGAUAUCACAAAGAUCAGACCGACGGAAAAGAGAUUGAAAGCUGCCAACAACACAGAAAUUCCAGUCAAAGGAGAAAUGAAGUUGCAAAUUAAAGUUGAUGAUUAUUCCAAAUCAGCGUUGGUAUUGGUGUCUGAUCAUGUUUCAGAAAUUGUUUUAGGUUUAGAUUGGCUCAAGAACAAUCAUAUCUCGUGGAAGUUUGGCGAAGGAAAAAUCGCCGUGGGUAACAAAAAUAGAACGAUGAAAUUAGUUAUUAAACAUUUUUCACGCAGGAAGCUUUGUCGUAUUGAAGCUCACACGGAAGUGCGCAUCCCUGCGCGGACUGAAUUAGACGUGCCAGCAAAGAUGAUUGUUUGCCAGCAGUCCAAGUUGGAAUCGACCGGAUUUAUGUGUUCGGAAAACAGACAAAUAGAAUCGGGUGUAUAUGUAGCUAGAACGUUACUACCUAUAAAAUAUGAAAGACAGUGUGUUAGGAUCUUGAAUGUCAAUGAUCAACCGAGGGUGAAAAACCGGGGAACGCGAUUGUCAGAUUUAUCAUCGGCUGUGAAAGCAAAGGAAUCAGUUGAUCGUCUAGCAUAUGAGAAUCUAAUAGAAGUUACAGACAGAUUCAGCUGUGCGAGUGGAGAAAUAGGUGCUGUAAAAGGAGUUUUUCAUAAGAUUGUUACUCAGGAUGCACGACCGGUAAAACAACAGCUGAGGCGACAUCCACCGGCGCAUCAGAAGGUGAUUACGGAACAGGUUGAGCCUGAAAACAUCGCAAAAGACGAUUCCAUAGGGAAGCCUACAGAAGCACCAUCACGAAGUAGCGACGAGUCGACCGAGUUGCUUGUCCAAACCUGGACAGGCGAAGAUACGCCAGAAUCUUUACCAGGGCAGCUAGACAUCGUUCCAGAACUUGUGAGGCUUGCUGACGAACUCUUUGAUCAGCUACCAGAUUUGUUCGCCGUAGGUAACCAGCCAUCGAUGGACCUGUUUGCUGGUCUGGACGAACAACCGACAGAAAACGAUAAGCAACCGACGGAAAUUCAAUCGAGCACGACGGCCACGACAAAAAGAAAAAGAAGGAAACCGACGAGGUGGGGACCGGAGCUAGAAAAAUGGAUGGUGGAAGUUCCUGAGUCUGGUGAAGAUCUAUAA